AUGCCCAUCACCAAACUUUCCUUCACCUUCGCGGCCUUGGCUGCCGUCGUCAGCGGCUUCCCACAACCAAUCAGCACUUCGACAGGCCCGGCAAGUCUCGUAACUCGGGUAUCCACGGACACAUACACUUUCCAAACAACCCUAGGCACCUCCUACACAGGCCCGGUGGCCAUUGUGAGCCCGACCACCCAGGUCGUCGCCAUCUCGCCCGCGACACCAACGGUAGCUGUCAGUCGAAGCGCCUCGCUGGUCCCGACUACGAAUGUCGUGGCGCCCACGAAAGCCUCCAGCGCCCUGUCGCCUACCCCAACAAAGGGUCAAACACAGGGCCCCCUAAACGCUAGAGAGUGCAAGCGCGAUUGGGGCUGCUGUAAAGGCGCAUGCUAUAUCGGCUCGGUCUUCACUUUUUACCUUUCGUGUUGUCAGUUUUCUUCUCCUUUUUGA